GGGCAGACCGCGCACCUCUGCAGUCGCGGUCGAAUCGGGUUGCCGCAGGGUACCGCAGGGCACCGCAGGUUACCGCACGUUGCACCGACCCGCGCUACCACGCUCUAGUAGGUCGCUCGGGGCAAACAACCCCUGGAUGAACUUCCGAGUAUGCGGUCACUCUCCCUACACGAAAAGAGUGCAAUGUAGUGAGGAAAUACCCUGUCUGUGCAUACGUGUGGAAACGCCUCUGGUUUCACGACAGACUUAAAACCUGAAAUAGAUAAAAGUGCAGCCACGAUCUGUGUUCUCGUUAUUUAACGCUUUGAAGUCUUUUCUCUUUAGGUCAUUUUAGAUAAUCAGACUCCAGGCUUUAAUCGAAGACUGUGUACGUAUGUGUGCACGCGGGAUUGCGAUCGAGGUUGGCUGCGGCACGUUGCAGUAGCUCGCAGCAGGGUGCAGCUUGCUGCGGUUGGCGCGGCGACCCAGCCCCGUUACUAGUGGUGUAGCUUUCCUUGGAUGCCAAGAGAUUCGUUUCUUUUUUUUUUAUGGUAAACGAGAGUCGGAGAUGUAUAGGGAUUUAGUUGGGAAAUUCGUGGACUUUGCAUGUAAACCGUCGUUUGAAAUCGACGGCUGUGGCUGGUCGCAGUAGUCACGGCCUCUCCCCUGCAGGCAGUGGUCCGCACGGCGAGGCGUCCUACCACUCACUGGCCGACUGCCCGAGACGUCACCCGCCACGUGUCGCGCCAAGUCGGCCGCCGCUCUCUGCUUUCAAACGGACCUAUCGCGGCGCUGCGAUAGCUCCUGCGCAUUCGUCUGCGCAGCAAGUCCGGGAAAGGGCGGAGUGCCCUCGCGGCGGGUUUUGACCCGGGAACACGGCAGAGACCUAGCUGGAAAACUCGUCCAGCGCUUCGAGUGGUCAGUCACGUGAUAGCUGAAACAGAAGCUGCUAAUUGUGAGAGUAGUCACGAGUCUGUCUACAAGCUGAAACCGCGAAAAGAGGUGCUUCUACCGAGGGAUCUCAUUUUCCACGCUGUAUGAAUUAUUCUGAACCGCUGUCAUCGACGUAGACGCGUCUCGAUGAAGAUCACAGAUACAGGACCCUGUUCAACGAUCAACGAUGGACACUUACUGAGGAUUUAUCGAGAUGUAUCGAUAGUCCGUGAGAUUGAGAUCUUUAUCGGACGCCGCGAGGAGUUCGGCGAGACUCCCUGUCGACGACCACUCUUCGAGCCGCGAUAAGUCGAAGAAAUCGGGCUCUAGGACGAGUAUCGGAGAUCGCAAAACAAAGGAGGCCCGAUAAGAGGGGCACCGAACCAGGGUCCAGUCCCCGUAGACAACGUCCUCGGGAGAGUCGCGAUCGCCUCCAGAGUCCGGACGGUCGGCGUGGACCAGGCGGAGGCUGCGAGACCGGCCGCUGAUCCGUCGACGCCGUUGUAAUCGCGACGCUGGUCCGCCAGGGUAUAUGCGGAGGGUAUUAAUAGUCGUGCCGAAGGUGGGGGCCGCUGCGGGUGAAAAUAGAAAAGAAUGUUUUUGGAAUCCAAUUGGACUUGGUUGGCAGAACGAUGGGGCAAUAUGGCCGACUUGGCCGAGCGGGUGGACGAUCUGAUAUGCAGUUUUGACUCGACUGGUGACACGACGAUGGACACCCUGUCGAUGCUGAUCUUCGGCUGGAUGCUGUUCGGCCUGGUGGUGCUCUGCGUCGGGAAGUACGUCUACAACCGAUUCGUCCUGCACGACCUGGGGGCGAGCAGCGGUAAGGAGACCCACGUCUUGCACGUUGGCGAAAGCGUUGUUGUCGCCGGCAGCGUCGCCAGCAAGCUGGUCUACGAUAAGGCCAAGUCCCCGAUUACGAAAUCCGCGACGAUCGGCAGCGGUGGUGGUGUAGGUGUCGGUGGUGGUGGUGGUGGUGUCGGUGGUUCCGGUGGCUCCGGUGGCGGUGGCGGUGCCACCGGGGGUGGAGGACCGGGUCCCGGGGGAGGAGGGGGUGGUUCCCGCGGGCCCUCCUCUCUGUCCGGCUCCUCGGGGGCCUACGUGCCUCCCACUCCGCCCGUCCGGAAGAGACUCACCAGGAAGACUUCCGGUCCGCUGAUAAGCCCCGCCAGGAGCUCGCGGGCGCUGCACCUGCCCACCGCGACUGGCGCCGACGCCGACGCCGUCAGAUGGGUCAACGAGCUCAUCGUCUGGCUACACUCGGACUUGGUCAUCCUGAACGAACUCUUGGCCGUUUGGGUCGCAUCCCUCAACGACUUCACCGCCAACUCCGUCGAAGAGAACGGAGUUGGCGUGGAAUUUGUACGAGUAUUACCUGAGACUCAUCCGCCAGUUUUAUCCAACAUUUUUUGCGAAUGCGACUCCAAAGAUGACGUGACAAUAACUUGCGACUGUGAAGCAACUCCGGCCUUGCAGCUCAAGGCUUUCCGCCAAAAAGGAGAAAAAGUAGAGGUCAGCCACUAUCGCGUCAAUAUUAAUCGUUUCCGGGCACGACUAAACGUCGUUUGCAUCACCGAGAAACUGCUCGUUGACCUAAAAUGCGACGGAUGGCCCGAGGUGAAGAUCUCAUUGGCACCUGUGGGCACCAUAAAGAAGGACUUGGACGAGAGUCAGCUACAAGAAGUAGUGACGGAAAUAGUUGUAGGUGCCAUAAGAGGAAUCAAUGUCAGCCUGAAUCUCUCUCCAUAUCCGACUUGUCCUCGACUUUGGAGAGAACCGCCUCCCCAGUCGAUUUAUCCUCUACCAGUUCAUUAUGAUAGCAUGGUUCAUUCCUCGUCGUCUCCUGUGCAACAACAAUACAUACGCGGGGAAAAACGGCUGCUCGUGAAAGUCGUGAAAGCGACGGAUUUAGGUGGCGAGCAAGGAUGCAAGGAGCCAUUUUGUGUGGUCGAGUUGGACGAACCGCCUCAGAAGAAUCAGACAUCGAUAAAAAAAGACACCAAGAACCCGCUAUGGGACGAAGCCUUUUUAUUCGAUGUUAGCCGAAAUACGUCGGAAGUGCUGCUGGAGGUCUUCGAUCACGUCAACAGGAGUCAACGAUUUUUGGGACUGGGUAUCGUAGGUGUCGAAGAGUUGCUGAUGAAUCCGAGCCAAAGGCAAAUCAUACCUCUUCAAGCUCGCCCUUAUGAACAAGACGAAGUUACGGGCACCCUGACAGUCGAGUUCUUGUUCAUCGAGGGUGCUGAAGUGCCGCAAAUCGGGACUAAACCGUACAAAUUGAAAGAAUCGAUAAAGCCGGUCUCGCCGACUCGUAGCUACACCCCGACGAAUCUCCUGACCAACAAUAGUCUGAACUAUAACAAUGGUAACAGCACACUUAUCUUGUACGACUCUACCAGUCAAUCGGCAGCCGAUUACAUGACAAAUGGGAGCACAGUGGACUCGCCUUACAGGACUGGACAAACUAAUGGAAAUAAAGGGACACUUAUAGUGCACAGCCAACAAAGGCAACCCGAGCGACAAGUCGUAAAGGUCGCUCUCACCGAAGAUGGGAGUUGGCAAGAAGUUUCGCCGGAGCAUGGAACCAAAGACACUAGUGUGGCCUCCGGUCCCGAGAGCACUCCUAAUUCGUCAAAUUCAGAAGGUUUGAGAGAAAGAGGAAGGACCCGAAGAAAACGACGUGACUUCUUUGGGACGAUAAAGAAGCGAUUAGGACGGUCGAAAACGAGAAGUCGUUCCGUAGGACCUGAGGGAGAUGUCAACCAUGAAGAUGCCCAUUCCAGGUCGAUAUCUGCUGACAGAGCUCGUGAUCCUGGAUCUGUUUUGCUGUCGGUACCAGGAAGAGAGGAGCAAUCACGAAGGUCGAGUCUCAGCGAAGCAUCGGCCAUAAGUGGAACAUCUACAAGAACUUAUGUCAACGAGGCGUCCACGUUAGUUCUGGAGACUCUCGAGAACGGGAUUAAAAAGCACUACCUCGUGCCUCUGUCUCUCGCACAGAAGAGCAAGUGGAGGAAAAAAGGAACGAAACUGCACAUAUUCAACGACCAUACGUUCAUCGCGAAACACAUGCCAGGAGGGACGGUAUGCGAGGUAUGCAAAAGGACUUUAGCGCGAAGGCUGGGAAAACAAGGCUACGAAUGUAGGGAUUGCUUCAUGAAAUGUCACAAGCAAUGCCACGUGAAAGUAGACUCUACUUGUCCGACAUCGACCAUUCAGAGCAUCGAAUUGUCCCUAUUGCCGGUACUGAGCGAAUAAGACGGGACUUUGAUCAGAGACGAAGAACACGAACGAAAAUCAUCGAUCCGACUGUGCUAGUCACGACUUUACAUAUUAUUUAUACAUUCGAACGCUGCACCGUAUAAACAUCAGCUUCUUAAGGCUGUAAUCGCCUAUAAUUUAUUGCGCUGGCCCUUCAUAAUGACGCACAAAUCGAUAUUAUUUCGCACAAGCGUACUACUCGAUUGCCAUGUAUAAGCACCUAUUCAUCCUUCAAUGACUUUCGUAAGAUAACAGCCAGCACGGUAAUGAGAUUUCACCAUUUACUGUAAUUUCGAUUAAUCGUUAUCUGCCGACUACGCGGAGUAUGAGUAUAGAAUUACUAUUUCAUCUAUUUACGGUUCAUAAAGUAUACCUGUACUUCGUGCAAAUCGUCCAUAGAAUAUGCGGAUUUAGUGACCGGGCAAUGUGGCGAUAAGUAUCUGCUACGUUUGUUUAAUUAACAUUAUUCGAAGUGAAGGACGGAACAUUUGAAUUCGUCAUAUUUCUACUGAGUUACACGAAGGCGAUCCUCGAGGUCGCGUGGUAAUUAAUUAAUCGUAUAUGCCACCCUUUUUGAGAAUUUUCGACGACAUUUUGAUAUAUUGUUGAUCGUUCGAGCCCGCUUUCCGGGGAGUUUAUAAACGGUGUAAUUUUCAAUCCCCAGCAAUCUAUUCAUGCGAUUGAAUAAUUGAAAGCAACGCCGCAUGUUCUAUCGGUCAUUUUUUGAUAUCGAUUAGCCGCCGUUUGCGCAACAUUAGCGAAAUUGGCCUUGGAACCAUGCUAGAUAAAAACAAUUAUACCUAUGAAGAGAAAAGUGAUAAGGAAGAAAAAGAAUAAGAAUUUUCUAUGGUUCACUCGAAAGUGAUACGGUAUAUCCUAUUAUUAAAGUGUUCGUAUUUAUGAUAACACUCCUUUCAGAUUUCUUUUUUUUAACAUUCGUGUCGUUUGGAGAGGGCCGGAUAAAUAUAGUAUUCUAGCUUUUACACCUCCACGAAAAUUUAUAUAUAUACAGGCGACUGCCGUGAAGUUGCGACCGAAGGGUUGUUCAUUUUUCGAAAUUACCCGUUUUCCCACGUUCAAUUCCCUGAGAUAAUAACAGGGGAUCGAUUUAAGUCAUUGUUACCGAAUAUAACGAAUUCCUGAUAUUUCUUUGCAAUUCUACUCUUAAUUAAUAUUAAGAUAAUAGGCAUUAAAUCGACAUGACAUUACCAAGUGAAUGACCCUUCGGCUCGUCGCUGCUGUUACCACUGCUGCAUGUGCACCUGCAGGUGCACAUGCAAUAUGCUUUCGGAUUACACAUUGCCUUAAGCAUAUUAACGGUGCGACCAAUAUUUCUAGUCCACGGAAAGUGCUAUUGUCAGAACCGACAAAUCGAGUACCGAGUUGGUAUCCGAGUCCUUAGACAUAAAGAAGGCUUCUCGCCUCGAGUUACGAUUAACUUGCAUAUAACGUUCUUGCCUUUCUUCUCGUAUGGACACUCGGUUGUAGCACACGAACAUCUCGACUCUCUUUUAUAUAUAAACGAAUCGGAGCGACUUCGCUUUGCGUUGUUAACGUAUUCGCGUACUACGGUAAGCACGAUACUUAAGGGGCAAAGAUAACGAAUCGUACCGCGGGUACGAUAACGAAUAUGUAAUAACCGGCACCUGGACACAAUAAUAAAGUAAUUUUUUACCUAG